GUGGAAGGGCACCGGGCGGCACCACCGCCGGGUCGCCGGGGGUGGAGUUCCUUCCUCCCCCUCUCCCUGCGCCGCCGGUGGGCUCUCCCGGCCUGUCGGUGCCGCCCGCUGCCCUUGGCGUGGCCGCUGCGAGGGGCCCGGCGGCGGCGAGGAGCGCAGCCAUGGUGAACUUCGCCCAAGCUCUGCGGGAUCACUGGGUCCACAUCUUAGUUCCCUUGGGAUUCGUGGUUGGAUGCUACCUGGACAGGAUGAACGAUGAGAAGCUGUCUGCCUUCAGGAACAAGAGCCUGCUGUACAAGAGAGAACUGAAACCUGGUGAAGAAGUUACAUGGAAAUAAAGGCUGACGAUGAGAUGGAAGAUAUUUUUGUUUGAUUGAUCAUCUUAUCUCAGACAUUGGAACAACAGAAUUAUGAUGUUUAUCUCGAGAGAAUAUGUAAAGUUACAGAAAAGGACACCUGCAAUUCAUCGGGGCUAGUUUAAUUUCCAAUCUUACUUCUCAGAAGCUGUAAUUACAUGACUAAUAGGUGUCCAGGAAUUCCAUUAGUCCACAAAUGUUGAGAAACUCCUGUCCCCAGAUGUCAUGCUCUGAAGGGGGGUGGGGAACAGCUGUGUAAUAAAGAAAAACUAUGCAAAAAUCA